GGAUCAACUACUACUUCAAUAAUACACCAUCGAAAAAUACCCUUCGCUUGACUAAAUUCGUUUGCGUCGAUGCACCCUAUCAGCGGACGGUACUCCAUUACUGCAAAACGAUUCCUCGACGUAAUCAAUCGGCAACAUUAAACGUGUCUCUUACCGUACCGGAAGAAAUUAAUAUUGUGUACUUCGUUGCCCAGUUGGACUAUAAGUCGAUCCCGACUGGUGAAUAUAGGCUAAAAGUUAAAUUUCUCUUCUUCGACAACGUGACAUUAUUUUCAGUGCAUGUUUUCUUCAAUGUGAGGAGCAAGGGAUUGUUUCGAUCCAUGAUUGAAUGGUGA